AUGACCUCCAGGACCCCUCUGUGUGUUGCAGCCUGUUUGUAUAACUCUUACCGCAACUCAAGACGCCUGCAGUGCGGUGUGAGGAGAAGGAAAAGACCAUACCAGAAGCACGGGAGAGUGACACAUUCCAGCCACCUGAGUGGGCGCAGGGCCGGCACCCUCCUGUGCUUCUCCUCCAGACGGCUGCUUGCUAAGAUGAGGGACCUCCUUCAGUACGUCGCCUGCUUCUUUGCCUUUUUCUCUACUGGGUUCUUGGUGGUAGCCACCUGGACAGACUGUUGGAUGGUGAAUGCCGAUGAUUCCCUGGAGGUGAGCACAAAAUGCCGCGGCCUCUGGUGGGAGUGUGUCACAAAUGCCUUUGAUGGAAUUCGGACCUGCGACGAGUAUGACUCUAUACUUGCCGAACACCCGUUGAAGUUGGUGGUAACUCGCGCAUUGAUGAUUACUGCAGAUAUUCUAGCUGGGUUUGGAUUUAUCACCCUGCUCCUUGGUCUUGACUGCGUGAAAUUCCUCCCUGAUGAGCCAUAUAUCAAAGUCCGAAUCUGCUUUGUUGCUGGAACCACAUUACUGAUAGCAGGUGCCCCAGGAAUUAUUGGCUCUGUGUGGUAUGCUGUUGAUGUUUAUGUGGAACGGACUUCUCUGAUUUUGCACAAUAUUUUUCUUGGCAUCCAGUAUAAAUUUGGUUGGUCCUGUUGGCUUGGAAUGGCUGGGUCUCUGGGUUGCUUUUUGGCUGGGGCUGUCCUCACAUGCUGCUUAUGCCUCUUCAAAGAUGUGGGACCUGAACGGAACUACCCUUAUUCCAUGAGGAAGGCCUAUUCCACUGCAGCCGUCUCCAUGGCCAAGUCAUACGUGGCCCCUCGGACAGAGACGGCCAAAAUGUAUGCUGUCGACACAAGGGUAUAG